UUCGGGUAUUAUCGAAAACGUAGGAAAUACGUCAAAAAAAAAAGAAAAAAAAUUGUCUAUAUAGACAAUAGUAGUUAAUUUUACGCAAAGCUUUAUUGGCAGUUAUUACAAUUGGUUUAGUAAAAUUUUCAUCUUACGUAAUGUGAGAGUAAUUUUUUUUUUCUCUCUAUUUAUGAAAUACUCGUGAGAAUUUUUUUUUUUUUUUUUUUCUUUUAUUUUCAAUGGUGUGAUGUGUGAUAAAGAGGGCGAGACAACAUGUGCGCGACAAUAAUAAAUUGGAAGUGUUGAAAAAAGCAGGAGAGGCUCCUCCAUAAAAUGCAGUCCAUUUAUUGGACUGGGAGGUUGCUCUCGCGUGCAAUUUGGAAUGGAUUUACAAAUUUCUCAGCAAUUGCCGAGCCAAAUGUUACAAAAAAGCGCGAGGCGUCACUUGUCUCGGCUGUUUGCGGUUUUCCAAAGGACUUUGCCCGUGGUCGAAUGCCCAAGGGUCAAUUUGGCGACGAUGCUUGGUUUAGUGCUAAAUUUAAGGCUGUGGAAGUCAUUGGCGUAGCCGAUGGAGUUGGUGGUUGGAUACACUAUGGAAUAGAUCCAGGAGAAUUUUCAAGUUUUCUCAUGAGAACAUGCGAGAGGCUAGUUAAUAUGGGAAAAUUUACACCUACUGAACCAGCGGGUUUAUUAGCACGCAGUUAUUAUGAAUUACUUGAAAAUAAGCAACCUAUAUUAGGUAGCAGUACUGCAUGUGUUAUUGUAUUUAAUAAGGAAACGAGCAGUAUCUAUGCGGCGAACAUAGGAGAUAGUGGUUUUGUUGUUGUACGAAAAGGAGAAGUGGUGCAUCGUUCGUCCGAACAACAACAUUAUUUUAAUACACCUUUUCAGUUGUCACUUCCCCCUCCUGGACACUCUGGACAAGUCCUCAGUGAUAGUCCGGAAUCCGCAGACACGUCGAGUUUUGGCGUUGAGGAUGGCGACGUAAUUCUUUUGGCAACAGAUGGGGUGUUUGACAAUGUGCCUGACCAGUUGCUAGUCACUGAGAUGCGUAAAAUUCAAGGCGAACGUGAUCCUUGUAAAAUACAAGGUGUCGCUAAUACAAUUGCCUGGAUGGCGCGUACUCUAGCUUUUGACGGAGCUUUUAUGUCUCCGUUCGCUGAAAACGCUAGGGAAAAUGGAAUAGACGCUAUAGGAGGAAAACCUGACGAUAUAACGGUGCUGCUAGCGACCGUAGCGAUGUGAAAAAGAAGACAAAAUGUAUAAUAGUGCUCCCCAAUCAUUGUAUUAUAUUCCAUGUCAUUGCAUAUAAUGUAACUAGUUACACAUGACUGUAAACUCGUACGAUAUUUCUUAUUUACUAUUUAAUUGUUAAAUAAAUACGAUUUAGAAAAUCA